AUGCGAAUUGAGAAUCGAAAUAGUAGUAGAAUGACCACGCUCGAUGAAAUUGUGGGUAAUUCGAGGGCCUUGAUACAAACGGCUCAGACAGAGGAGGCAUUGGCCUACUUGACUCCGUUUUUGGAACAAUUUGCAAAAGAUGUGACUUUUCUUCAAGUUUAUGGAGAAGCACUCUUGGAGAACAACAACCUUGAAACUGGCUUUGAAGUGUUAUCUCAAGCCUGUAGUUUGGAUCCUGAUGCUUUGAAAGGUACAGAAAAGUUCUUUUAUGUCGGCCAGAUUAUAGGUGGCUCCGAUGGUCUUCAAUACUUGGAUGUCAGUCUUCGUCGACUCGAGCAGCAGAUCGAAGAAGUCAACAACAACAACACAACCAGCAUAGUAAACGCAGCAGAUUACGGAUCCAAGGAUGAUAUACUAGCAUAUUUGAUCAAGAAAAUGAACCAGGGAAUCUUUGCCAAGAUCGAAAUUUGGAUGACAGAUUUGUGUAUGGAAGAAGAGGCAGAGACUCAAUGUGAUCAACUUAUCAACUACUCCUUGUCACUUGAUGGGGAGAACCCGGAAGCCCUUUCUUUGCUUUCUUCUAUCCGAAUCUCUCAGCAGCGGCCCGAGGAUGCUAAGCAAGCAUUGGUGAAAUCUUGGGAUCUUUUUAACGUUAAAAAGCAGAAACUUGAAGAGUCUGCUAAUUCCAAAGCUGACAAGCAAGAGGACGCUACAGACGUUGGGUUGGAGUACGUUGAGCUUAUCCAGCCUCUCAUGACCGUUGCAAGGUUUGCAAUUGAGUUAGAGUUGUAUGAUUUAGCCAUCACUGUGGCAUCGAAUAUUCAAGAUAUCAAUGAAGAUGCUCUUGAAACUUACUACUACGAAGCGCUAGCAAAUCUUUUCAGUGCUAAGAAGGUAUAUGCUACCAAGCAGAACAUCAAUGAGGAUUAUAGAGACGUCGAGGUCCGAGAUAUAAUCGACUUUGACGACCAGGAUGUCAAGAACCAUAUUGCCGAGGCCAAGUCUUCUUUGGUACAAGGUUACAAAAUCAUCAACAGCGACGGGCUAGAUGCCGACCCCGAAUUGGUGGAACAAGUAAACGUACUCCUUAACGAAUUGGGAGGUGCCUCGACGGCAGAUUUGAUGCCUCGCCGUGACGAGGAGGAAGAAGGUUGGGAAGAUGAAAUUGUGCUGGACCUGGAUUGA